CUUUAGUGUGCCCGCUGAUAAUCCACUGGGGAGCGCAGAAAGAUGCGCCGCUGACAGUGCAAGCGGAAGCCAUCACUCCGUAUCGAAAAACCUUUCAUUCAUCCAAUGGAUGGCAUUGAAGGCACUCCCUGUCUCGGUGUCAUUCCAAUUCGUCAUCUUCCUCCAUAUCGCACAUGCAGCCAGGUUCAACAGUCGAGCCAGUUUAGUCUGCGUGAGGAGCCUGACAUUGUGGUGCCUGUGGCUGGCAAUCGCACAACCAUGGCUUCUUGAGGUGAGUGAGUAGGUCCAAGAAGCGAAACGGUUUCUGCCUCAGUCCGGAGCAUCAUUCCCCAGAUAUCGAGCGUUUCUAGUACUAUCCCUCCACCCAGCGGAAACGGCACUUCGGUAGUUCAUGAUCCGAGCGAACCAAGGACUGAGAUGUUCAACGGAGCAUAAUGGCUGAGAGGGGAGCUACACCUGAGGACCUUUGAG